CCCAGAGGGGCGGCGGGCCGGAGUCAGCCAGCCUGGGGCGUGGGCUGACGCGACACUAGACCUCUGCGAUCCUAGAGGCCCCCCGCCGCCCCGACUCCAUCCCCCACGCUGUCGCCUGUUCCUGGCCCUCUCAGUUCCGCGCUGCCCCUUAAAAGUUGGGGCCUGGGCACAGGAACGACAGGCGUUGCAGCCAAUGGCGUCCCGCACGGUAAAGCUGCUACCCAAUCAAAAGGCGCGGCUGCGAGGGAACGGCGUGGAACCACGCCCGGCUCCAGGUGACUUCUUGGCAGGGAGGGGAGAGUUCCUCUGUCAGCUGAUAGGAUCCCCACCGGGUCCGUUUCUCGGGGAGAUUUACCGGGGACCAACCUAAGGGAGCGCGCGGGCAGUGACCCGCCGCGGAAUUCUUGUGUGCUGUAGUCGAGAACGAGAGUGAUGGAGGAGCAUCGAGAGGCUGGGAAGGAGAGCAAGGACCGACUCAUGCUGGUUUGAUGGGGAAGAAGAAGGAAGGAUGUUAGGGAUUGAGAAGGGGCUGGAGUACCCUACUCCUUUCCCAAGCCCUCCUCCAUGUCCGUGGACCUGCAGGGAGACAGCUCCUUACAGGUGGAGAUCUCUGAUGCCGUCAGCGAGCGGGACAAGGUGAAAUUCACUGUUCAAACCAAGAGCUGCGUCCCUCACUUCGCCCAGACCGAGUUCUCAGUCGUGCGAUAUCAUGAGGAGUUCAUCUGGCUACACAAUGCCUACGUGGAAAACGAGGAGUACGCCGGUCUCAUUAUCCCCCCAGCCCCUCCAAGGCCAGACUUUGAGGCUUCGAGGGAAAAACUGCAGAAGUUGGGUGAGGGAGACAGCUCUAUCACACGGGAAGAGUUUGCCAAAAUGAAGGAGGAGCUGGAAGCGGAGUAUCUGGCCAUCUUUAAGAAGACAGUUGCGAUGCACGAAGUCUUUCUGCAGCGCCUGGCGGCCCACCCCACCCUGCGUCGAGACCACAACUUCUUUGUCUUUUUGGAAUAUGGCCAGGAUCUGAGUGUCCGAGGAAAGAACAGGAAGGAGCUCCUUGGGGGGUUUCUGAGGAAUAUUGUGAAGUCUGCAGAUGAAGCCCUCAUCACUGGCAUGUCAGGGCUCAAGGAGGUGGAUGACUUCUUCGAGCAUGAGAGGACCUUCCUGCUGGAGUACCACACCCGCAUCCGGGACGCCUGCCUUCGGGCAGACCGAGUCAUGCACUCUCAUAAGUGCCUGGCAGAUGAUUAUAUCCCUAUCUCAGCUGCACUGAGCAGUCUGGGAACACAGGAAGUCAACCAGCUAAAGACGAGCUUCCUCAAAUUGGCAGAGCUCUUUGAACGAUUAAGGAAACUGGAGGGCCGAGUGGCUUCUGAUGAGGACCUGAAGCUGUCGGACAUGCUGAGGUACUACGUGCGCGACUCACAGGCAGCCAAGGGAUCCUGUGCCCCUGCCGACCCCAGGACCUGCUGUACCGGCGGCUGCGGGCGCUGGCAGACUAUGAGAACGCCAACAAGGCACUGGACAAGGCGCGCACCAGAAACCGGGAGGUGCGGACCGCCGAGAGCCACCAGCAGCUGUGCUGCCAGCGCUUCGAACGCCUCUCCGACUCAGCCAAGCAGGAGCUCAUGGACUUCAGAUCCCGCCGCGUCUCCUCUUUCCGCAAGAACCUCAUGGAGCUGGCGGAGCUGCAGCUCAAGCAUGCUAAGGCCAGCACCCUGCUUCUCCGGAACACCCUUGUCAUCCUCAAGGGAGAACCUUAGAGCCACCAGAGUCCCCCCAGACCUCCCACCCCAGCAAGAUGCCUCCUUUCCCACCCCAGGAGCCACUCACCAUGCCCCGUGACGUCUCAGGGCAAGGCCUACACCCACCCCAAGGUGCCAGGCCCUGCAAGAUAGGGCAGCAUGGGCACCACACUUGGCCACAGGUAAGCAGAGCCCUCACCUGGGGAAACCCAGGGGCCCUGACCUCCCUCCCCAGAGGCUAUGGGGCAGCCUCAACCCACCUCUGGCCCCCCAAAUUCAUUUG